UAAGAAAUAGCCAGCGAGCAGACUUGGCUCACUUGCUAAGUCAGAUUCAUAACUCACUUCACAGCAUAGUGAUAGCAGCAGUUGAAAGACAAGAUGGGGAACAGCAAAACAACCCAAUGCCAGAAGAAAGAGAAGCAGGAGAAAGAGAAAUGUUAUGACCCCGGAGACAAGACACUCAAGUUUGUGAACAGAGAUGACGACAUUAUUGGCGGGGUUAUAUAUGAGUCUCUGAGGGCAGAGAUGUCCUGUGGUCACGCUGUCACCCCAGAGUCAUUGACCGGAUGGUGCCUCAGCCUACUCGACAAGAAAAAGUGCACAUUCAUUUGCCCUGCAUCACGUGAAGAUGGUGAAAUGUGUGGUGCGGAGUGGUCUUACACAGAAGUGCGUAAACUGGCUCUUCUGACUCCUGAGGAGAUGAAGAAAUUUGAGGAGACAAUGGCUGACUUGGUUUCAGCCCAGAACUCUUACAAAUCGUGUCCAGGCUGCAACUCAUAUGUUGCAAGGACUGACCUCUCCAACCUGAGAGUCCACUGCACAGUGUGCUCAGCAGAAAAAGGCCAGCUGUACGAGUUCUGCUGGCUGUGCCUGCAGCAGUGGAAAGGUUCACAACUGAGUUCUGACCACUGUGACAACGAUGACUGCAUGAUUGAUCUGGAACUGCUGAAGACCUGCCCUACUGUCACUUUUGCUGAUGUCCAGGGUGUCACCGGCUGCCCAUCCACACGUGCCUGUCCCACCUGUGGUGCAUUGUUAGAACACGAUAAGACUGGCUGUAAAAAUAUAGAAUGCAAGAAUUGCAAUAAAGAGUUCUGUUUUGUUUGCCUUAAGCUCACAAUUGAGUGCUUGAAGACCAGCAAAUACUUCAUAGGCUGCUCUGCUGGUGUGGCCCCCAGGCAGACUUCUAUACCCUCAUGGAGUGAUAAAUAAAGAUUUUAUCCAGGUGUACCACUUUCCUUCCUACGGGCACUUGAAUUACUUACACUGAUGCAGAACAGGCAUAAUAGCACAGAAAUUGGGAUGUAUUAAUACAAAAAUGUUAUUGAAAAUGUCAAUGUAUUGGUACCUAACUCAAAUUGUGUAUAACGUCAAUACGUGCGUAGUAAUACAUGUGUAAGAAUGUGUAAUAAAUGUAUUAGAUUCUAUAAUGUUUCAUGAUUAACAAUCCAUAUACUACUGAUUAUUAUCUGAUCUAUUUCUGUUGUUUUAUCUGUGCCUGAUACAAAAAGAAAAACGCAAAUAGAAAUAAUAAUCAUUUCAAAAAUGUAAUCAAUGGUCAACAGAAAUGUUUGCCCCCUUAAAAUAACCUGGAUGUUUUAGAAAAAGUUUUAUGAAUGCGGUUGUUGUAUGAGACAUACAUUUCUGAUAAUAUUUCUAUAAUCAUGUUAUUGUCAACCAUAACCCUAGGUAUUGUUCAAGGGGUACUCUUCUAAAUAUGUUACCAGUAUUGUGAUAUUGUUUCCUUUAUAAUGAUUUCCCACUGGGUACAAGAACAAUGAAUCAUCAAACAAAUACACAUAUUUAAUAAUAGUUAUAUAAUAAUCAUAAUAAUGAUAGUAUUAACAGAAAUGAUAGUAAUAAUAACACAUUUAAUUUGUAUAGCGCUUUGCUUGACUCAACACUUUUACAUGAACCAGCCAAACAAGAUAAUAAUAAUAAUAAUAAUAUAUGCCAUUUAGCAGACGCUUUUAUCCAAAGCGACUUACAGUCAUGUGUGCAUACAUUCUACGUAUGGGUGGUCCCGGGGAAGAUCACAUGAUCCUUGGUGUCCACAUCACCAACAAACUAACAUGGUCCAAGCACACCAAGACAAUUGUGAAGAGGGCACGACAAAACCUAUUCCCCCAUAGGAGACUGAAAAGAUUUGGGUGGGUCCUCAGAUCCUCAAAACGUUCUACAGCUGCACCAUAGAGACUGGUUGCAUCACUGCCUGGUAUGGCAACUGCUCAGCCUCCGACCACAAGGCAAUACAGAGAGUAGUGCGAACGGCCCAGUACUUCACUGGGGCCAAGCUUCCUGCCAUCCAGGACCUCUAUACCAGGCGGUGUCAGAGGAAGGCCCUGAAAUUGCCAAAGACUCCAGCCACCCUAGUCAUAAACUGUUCUCUCUGCUGUCGCACGGCAAGUGGUACCAGAGCGCCAAGUCCAGGUCCAAGAGUCUUCUAAAAAGCUUCUACCCCCAAGCAAUAAGACUCCUGAACAUCUAGUCAAAUGGCUACCCAGACUAUUUUCAGUGCCCCCCCACCCCCUCUUUACACCACUGCUACUCUCUGUUGUCAUCUAUGCAUAGUCACUUUAAUAACUCUACCUACAUGUACAUACUACCUAAACUAACUGGUGCCCCCGCAUAUUGACUCUGUAUCGGUACCCCCCUGUAUAUAGUCUCGCUAUUGUUAUUUUACUGCUGCUAUUGAAUUACUUGUUACUUUAAUCUCUUAUUCUUAUCCGUACUUUUCUGAAACAGCAUUGUUGGUUCGGGGCUUGUAAGUAAGCAUUUCACUGUAAUGUCUACACCUGUUGCAUUCGGCGCAUGUGACAAAUAAAAUUUGAAUUGAUUUGACAUGAUGAAACAAUAUCCAAUUUGUCGUGCCUUCAGAAAGUAUUCAUACCCCUUGAUUUAUUUUACAAUUUUUUGUUACAGACUGAAUUCAGAAAGGAUUCUUUUAAAAUUCUCACCCAUCCACAUACAAUACCCCAUAAUGACAAAGUGAAAACAUGUUUUUACAUUUUUUUGAAUAUGUAUUAACUUAAAUAUAGAAAUGAUGCAUUGACAUAAGCAUUCACACAUCUGAGGCAAUACAUAAGUCGCUCUGGAUAAGAGCAUCUGCUAAAUGACUUAAAUGUAAAUGAAAUGUACAUGUUAUAAUCACCUUUGGCAGUGAUUGCAGCUGUGAGUCCUUCUGGGUAAGUCUCUAAUAGCUUUGCAAACCUGGAUUGUACAAUGUUUGCACAUUAUUCUUUAAAAUAAAUACUCAUGUUCUGUCAA